UUGCUACCACCUCCUCUAUCUCCAUCCGUACUGCCAUCGUCGCUGUCAGUACCAUUGUUAUCGUCAUCGCUACCAUUAACAUUAUUGCCAUUAUCACCUCCACUAUUAUUACUUUCACCAUCACUAUCUUAUUCAUCAUUAUCACCAUCGUCACCAUUAAUAUCACUACUAUCAUCAUCAUUAUUACUACCACUAUCACCAUCAUCACCACUAUCACUGCCGCAACUGCUGCCAUCACUACCGCCACUUCCACCGUCAUUUCAAUCGCCACUUUUACCGCCAUUUCCACCGCCACCUCCACCGCCACCGCCACCUCCUUCAUCUCUAUCAGCACCGCCACCGCCACCGUCAUUGCCAUCAUCACUAUUACCGCCAUCGCCAUCGCCACCACCGACGCCGCCACCGCUGCCGUUUCCAUUAUCACCAUAAG